UCCUUUUCCGAGCCACCCCCAUGUCGGCGCCCAGUACGACUGCCAGCUCCCCAACAUCGCCAGGCGCCACGCCGGCCGGUGUCGCCGCUCCAGCUGCCGUCGUCGCCGCCCCUGCCAAGCCGGCUCCUGACAAUGUGGCCAAUGUCAUUGCCGGUGGUAUGGCUGGCCUGGCUGGCGCGGUGGCCACCUGCCCAUUGGAGGUGGUGAAGACCCGGCUGCAGUCGUCGUCGCGCAUGCAGGCCGGCUCCGGUAUGGUGGGCGCCUCCUCGGUGCAGACGGCUCGCGCGGCUGCCGCUGCCGGUACCGGUGCCAUUCCCGGAGCCAUGUAUGGUAAUGUGGUUGCUCGGACUGGGAAUCUCCUCCGGCAGCAGUUCAGCGAGGCCAUCCACGCGCUGGUGACCAUCCAGCGGACCGAGGGCACGGCGGCCCUGUGGCGCGGACUCGGCCCCUCGCUGAUCGGUGUCAUCCCGGCGCGGUCCAUCUACUUCGCCUCGUAUGAUGCCUUCAAGCUGUACUAUGGGUCUCUGUCGCACGCACGCGGUGGCCUCGGGACCGACUCCUCCUGGGUGCACAUGCUGGCUGCCGCCAGUGCCGGUGCCACGGUUGCCACCACCACGUCGCCCAUUUGGCUGGUGAAGACCCGCAUGCAACUUCAGGGCGCCGGUGGGAAACGCGUGUACAAGAACAGCCUCGACUGCGCCAUCCGUGUCGUGCGUGAGGAGGGCGGCCGCGCCCUCUUCCGCGGCCUGGCCAUCAGCUACGUUGGUGUGGUGGAGAGCACCAUCCAGUUUGUCAUUUACGAGGCACUGAAGAAACGUAGCAAUGACAAGCGCAGCGGCCAGGAGGUUCCCCAGUGGAUGUCCUAUCUUCUGAGCUUCGGCAACGCCGCGUCCGCCAAGUUGGUCGCCUCCAUCAUCACCUACCCCCACGAGGUCAUUCGCACGCGUCUUCGUGAGCCUCCCCUUGCCCCGGGGCUCCCCCCGCCCUAUCCCAACAUCCGGACCACCAUCUCCCUGAUGCUGAAGCAGGAGGGGAUCAUCUCCAUGUAUGGCGGUCUUGGGGCGCAUUUGCUGCGUGUGGUCCCCAAUGCGGCUAUCAUGUUCUCCACCUACGAGCUCACCCGCCGGUGGAUCACCCACCUGCGCGCGGAUGACUGAUGCGCGACCCCAUGCAUGCCGGGGGGCGAGUGGCAGGACGGAGGCUCUGGGGCUGUCAGGGGCUAUGCUGGGACCUUUUCCGCGUCUCGCCCCCUCCCCCC